GACUUGCCCUCGGUGUCCGGGGCGGUUCCGGAUUGCACUUGGCAGCCGUGGGCGGGUCUAAGGAGACCAAGUUUUCGGGUUUGUAGGUUUGUUGUGUUUCAGCCAUGGGGCAACAGGAUGUGUGGAGGCUCCUGUGGAGGUUCAAUUCACUCAAAAGGAUUAAUACCAUAUUGCGACAUUUGAGAAUGUCUAAGCACACUGAUGCAGCAGGAGAUGUCAUAUUGGAAAAGAAAGGUUGUGCAGGAGUGAUAACCCUAAACAGACCAAAGUUUUUAAAUGCACUGAAUGUUGAUAUGAUUCGGCAGAUUUAUCCACAGCUAAAGAAAUGGGAGCAAGAUCCUGGAACCUUCCUGAUCCUUAUCAAGGGAGCUGGAGAAAAGGCUUUCUGUGCUGGGGGCGAUAUCAAAGUGAUCGCAGAAGCUGCAAGGGCAAAACAGAAAUUGACUCAAGAGUUCUUCAGAGAAGAAUAUUUGUUGAACAAUGCUGUUGCAUGUUGCCAGAAACCGUAUGUUGCACUUAUUGAUGGAAUUACAAUGGGUGGGGGAGUUGGUGUGUCAGUUCAUGGACUUUUCCGAGUAGCUACUGAAAAGACUGUUUUUGCAAUGCCAGAAACAGCAAUAGGACUGUUCCCUGAUGUUGGUGGAGGUUAUUUUUUGCCACGACUUCAGGGAAAACUUGGAUACCUCCUUGCUUUAACUGGAUUCAGACUAAAGGGAAGAGAUGUGUAUAGAGCAGGAAUUGCUACGCAUUUUGUAGAUUCUGCAAAGAUAAGAAUGUUAGAAGAAGAUUUGUUAGCCUUGAAAUCUCCUUCAAAAGAAAAUAUUGCUGGUGUAUUAGAAACCUACCAUAGAGAGUCGAAGAAUGAUCAAGACAAACCUUUUGUACUGGAGGAACACAUGGACAAAAUAAACAGUUGCUUUUCAGCCAAUACUGUGGAACAGAUAAUUGAAAAUCUACGGCAAGAUGGCUCACCUUUUGCCCUAGAGCAGUUGAAGGCACUCGAUAAAAUGUCUCCAACAUCACUGAAGAUUACACUAAGGCAGCUCAUGGAGGGAUCUUCAAAGACAUUGCAAGAAGUGUUAACUAUGGAAUAUCGGCUAAGCCAAGCUUGUGUGAGAAGUCAUGAUUUUGAUGAAGGUGUUAGAGCUGUUUUAAUUGAUAAAGAUCAGAGUCCAAAGUGGAAACCAGCUACUCUAAAAGAAGUUACUGAUGAAGAUCUGAAUCAUCAUUUUCAGUCUCUGGGAAGCAAUGAUUUGAAAUUGUGAGGUGACUGGCCUUUUAAGGUACAUUCGAAGCAGGGGCCAACCAACUAUUGUAUGUGGGCAAAAUCUGGCCUGCUGCCUAGUUUUAUACAGCUUGCAAGCUUAAAAAUGGUUGGGGGGAAAAAAGUAGUAUUUUAUCAGUGCCCAUAAGCAAAGCUUUAUUGGAACAUACAGUUUGUACUUACGUGUUUGCUUUUCUAAUUGGGCCUGAAAAAUCUGUCCAAAGUAGUUUUCUUGUCUUCUACAAUAGAGAUUAACAAACUUCUAAGGUCUAACUGAAAAAUGGGACCUUCAGGUUCUAUAUUUGGUAGUGUUUUGUAUGUUGAGUAAAUUAAAUCAGGUAUAUAGAUUAUAGAAAAACAAAAUCCAGGCUUUUCUUUAUAUAUUAAGAUCUCAUAGAAUUUCCUCUCUGUAUUUAUCAAGGUUUUUUUCCAGUAUAAUUCACCCUUGGCAUUCUUUGAAAUAAUCAGAAUCCCUUUUCCAUGGAAAACUAAGGUAGUAUUCUUGUUAUUUACACUGUCAUAAUUCUUCAUUCAGACAGAUUAAUAAACUCAUCUGAGACCUCUGCUGUUUGCAUCACCA